AUGUUUGACUCAAAUCCGUGGCAUUUAUUAUCCAAAUGUUUAGUCGUUUUAAUAGUAUUUUUGUCCGUUUUAUGCAAUAAUGAACUUUUCGGACAACAAUUGUCUUAUGAUUUGCCGCACAAACGCUUUGAAUACAAGUAUUCAUUCAAAGGGCCGUAUUUGGCACAAAAGGACGGAACGGUUCCCUUCUGGACAUAUGAUGGCAAUGCCAUCGCUUCCGAAGAGAUGGUGAGAAUCACGCCAUCGCUCCGAAGCAAAAAGGGAUCCGUUUGGACCAAAACGAAGACCACGUUUGAGUGGUGGGAAGUGGAGCUCGUCUUCAGAGUCAACGGCAGGGGAAGACUCGGCGCCGACGGUCUGGCCUUUUGGUUCACUGAUGAGCGCACACCUGAGGGACCCGUCUUCGGCGCCGCAGACAAUUGGAAAGGAUUGGCCCUCUUUUUCGACUCCUUCGACAACGACAACAAAGGGAACAAUCCAUACAUUAUGGCUAUGAUUAACGACGGAUCCAAGAGUUAUGACCACCAAAGCGAUGGCAUUAACCAACAAUUGGCCGGUUGUUUGAGAGACUUCCGAAAUAAGCCGUUUCCGGUUCGGGCGAAGAUUGAAUACUAUAGGAAUGUAUUGUCAGUUAUGUUUCAUUCGGGAAACACCAAUAAUGAGGACGAAUACGAGCUCUGUUUGCGAACCGAAAACAUAUUUUUGCCACAAUUCGGUCACUUCGGAGUGUCUGCGGCGACGGGAGGUCUGGCCGACGAUCACGACGUGUUGAAACUGUUGACGUAUAGCCUUCACGUUCCCGGCAGUGAACCUCAGGCCGCGGCCGGAAUCGCCGACUCAGAGAAGGAGAGGUUUGCCCGCGAAUACGAACAAUACAAACAUAAGUUAGACAAACAGAAAGAGGAUUAUCUUAUAGCACAUCCAGAAGAAGCCAAACGCCUCCAGAAUGAGGGCAAUGCGGCCGAAGACGAGUACGACUUCGGGACUCGAGAAUUGAAGCAAAUCUUUGAGGGCCAAAGUCAGGUCUUCGAAGCCGUCAAACAUCUCAACAGAAAACUCGAUGAAAUCGUUGGCCGACAGGAAAGAGUAUUAUCGAUGUUGAGUGCCGUGCAGUCGGGCGCCGCACCCGUCCAACCAAUGCAGGGCCAGACGGGCGGAGGGGCGCCACAAAUGCCGCUCAACAGACACGAAGUGGAAGCGCUUCUCGGAAAUCAACGAGAAGUGGUUCAGACGUCUCGGGAAUUGAAAACACUUUUAUUGCAAUCACAACAACACCAGCAAAACGUUCCUUCGGGUGAUUCCGGACCACAAACGGCACAACAGAAUCAAGUUAUCCAACAAUCGUUGAACGAAGUGCGCGACGGUCUGAAUGGCCUGAACCGGGAGUUGACAUCACUCGGCAAUCGGAUCGAUACGAGAGCUUCAGCCUCUGUGGGCUGUCCACCUGUGCCCACAUGUUUGGGAACUAUGAGUUUUAUGAUGGUAAUGGGCUUACAUUUGCUCAUUAUUAUGGGUUAUUUGUUUUAUAAGGCGAGCAGAGAAUCGGCUGCAAAGAAGUUCUACUAA